AUGACGUCCGCUCUCGAGAAAUACUACGCUACGAACUAUUCAAAUUGCAAUCUCGAGUAUAAUUUUUUAGCGUCAUGGAAAGGAGUUGCCUAUCCUUCACAUGUUAUUCAAAUUUUAUCACUUCCAUUUCAAAUUCUAGCCUUUUACGUUAUUAUAUUUAAAACUCCAAUUUCCAUGAAACAUGUCAAAACCUCAUUAUUGAUUAACCACUUAUUUUGCGCACUACUCGACUUAUUUCUUUGCACAGUUUGCACAGUUUACUUUUUUCUUCCAAUGUACGGAAUGUUUUUUGUUGGACUAUUCAGUUGGUUUGGGGUUCCAAAUGGUGUUCAGUUACUGAUUGUAUGGUUGUCAAUGAUUUUUGCAGCAGCAUCGUAUGUAUAUCUUUUCGAAAGUCGCAAUAGCACUCUGACUCAGAAUAAGUUUCGAAUGACUCGACGCAAAACUAGAGUGAUAUUCUACUCUCUGUUUUUACUACCCUGCGUAUCGGUCAUUUUUGUUGGAAAGUUGAUACCCGAAGAUCAAGAUGCUGCAAAGUUAUUCGCAUUAAUGGAAUAUCCAUGUCCAACAAGAGAGUUUUUCACAUCUGAAGUGUUAAUUGUGUUUGCUGACAAGAAUAUAAUAGAAGGUGUUGUUCGAAUUUUCCCAUUUGGUUGUGCCUAUAUCUCAAGCUUCUUCCUUUUCCAAGUGUCUACUCUUAUCUACUACAUUUGUGUUGCACCUUCAAACACGACUUCAAGAGAUACCCAGCAAAAACAGAAAGUGUUUCUCAUUUGCAUUUUACUUCAAACUUCCAUUCCACUGUUUCUUGGAAUGUGUCCAAUAAUUUUGACUUUCAUGGCUUUCUUAACCGGUCACUAUUAUCAGGAAAUGGCAAAUCUUACAUUCUGUAGUCUUGGACUUCACGGUCUUGCAGAAAGUAUAGCUAUUGUUACUGUGCAUAGACCUUACCGAAAAGCCAUUAGUCAGAUGGUUACAGAUUUGAAAAAAAGGAAAAGUUCGAUUAGAGUGUCACCAAUCAGUGUGCAUGGAACAAGUAAUAGUGUCACCAGAGGAUAA